AAGUCAUUCACAAAAAGGAACUGCAAAGGCUUUUACAAAAUGCAGACACCAGUCUAUCCCCACAAAAGAAAAUGAAGUAAUUAUUACGUAUACACCUUUUAAAAAAGGAAGGUCAAGUGCUUCUAUGUGUACCAGAAAAAGCAACUGAAAAUUCGCCGGUUUCGUUCCAAGCAUCAUCAGCGUGCCCUCAUAGUAGGGAAGAAAUAGUGAGAAAAGUACCUCCUGAAUUUCCGAAAGAGAAUCGUGAAAAUCGUUUUUCAUUCAGUCAAGCUGAAAUUUCGUCAACACCUUGCUUAAGUGCAGUGUGUCCAUGCGAAGCUAGUGCGGUGGAAGUAAAGGAUAAGAAAUUGGAUUUUUUUAAGACGGUUUCUGACACGGUUCCUGGGGCUUGAGAGGAAGGUUUCUUAUAUCCCAGGAUAGUUAUGACAUCCUCCUCGCAUCUUGGAGGUCGACCUGCAGGAGGUUCGUUUGGUAGCGGCUACACAUCACGACGAACUGCCGGAAACUCCUUGAGUGCUGCUAAUAAUGCCGCCCUAAUACCAUCGAAUGUGUUGUCAAGUAGUUCGGCCGGUCUACCAGCACAUCUUGAUGAUUCCUUGGAAUAUUUCAUAAAAUUUCCAACCCCGAAUUUCCGCAACAGGGAAGCAAAUGAGUUGGAAUCAGGUGCGGAGUCGGAUUUUGUAUUUGUUUACAACGAAACGAAUGUUCCUAUUGUUAUGUUGCUCGGAUGGGCUGGAUGCCAGGAUCGAUAUUUAAUGAAAUAUUCAAAGAUCUAUGAGGAUCGAGGGUUAAUAACAGUACGCUAUACAGCCCCGGUGGAAACUUUAUUCUGGAAAAGGUCCGCCAUGAAACCGAUUGGCGAAAAGAUCCUGAAACUAAUCUACGACAUGAACUUUGAUAGUCAUCCGUUGAUUUUUCAUAUCUUCUCGAAUGGCGGUGCCUACUUAUAUCAGCACAUAUCUUUAGCCGUUAAAAACCACCAUCGACCAAUUCAAGUACGUGGAAUGAUCUUCGACUCGGCACCAGGUGAGCGUCGAAUUUUGGGACUAUAUCGUGCUGUCUCCGCCAUUUAUGGACGAGAGAAAAAGAAAUGUAACUGCCUUACAGCUUGGUUUCUAACCGUCACCUUGACUGUUAUGUGGUUUGUAGAGGAGAGUUAUUAUGCAUUCAAGAGUUUAUUCGUCAGCUCUGAGCGAAUACAAACAAAUCCGUUCCAUGAAUUGAAGAAUGACUUGACUGAUUGUCCACAAUUGUUUUUGUACUCGAAAGGUGAUAAUGUUAUACCUUAUAAGGAUGUUGAAAAGUUCGCACAACACCGUCAGCAGCUAGGUACGGAUAUUACGAAAGUUUGCUUCGAAGACGCUGAACAUGUGAAAAUCUAUACAAAAUAUCCACAGCAAUAUAUUCAUUGUAUUUGUAAAUUCAUCAAUAGCUGUCUUUCCUACCGCGGAAGUACGAAAUACGAUUAAAAUAAAAUUCAAAUUGAAAUUUUAAAAACAACUAGAAAAAAAAAAAAACAAAAUAAUGAAAAUAAAGUUUUUCUCUAAAAAUUUAGAAAAAAACUCAAUUAAUGAGAAUUUUUCUUAGAUCCUUUUUAACUAACAACUCAGUUGAAGAUGCUAUUCAAAUCAAAAUGCAAUUUGUGACUUAAUAGAGGAAAGGAUCACUCAAUACAGUUUUCGUUUAGACCGGAAGCAAGAAAGCCUUGGAUCACGUGUUAGUUUUUAUUGCAAGCUGUCGCCGUUUUUCUAGUUUUAUUUUGCCGGCAAUUCUCUAAUUCGUCUCAAACAGACAACAUUCGAUAUCUAUUAAAAAGUAAGAAACAAAUUGCCUUUUGAAAAUUGACUUUCAAACAAUUUUAGCGAACGAAAACAAGAAACGCAAUGAAUUUUUUCACUUUUAAAACUUACAACUAUUUCUAAGCAAAACUAACGCAUAAAACUUUUGUGAUAAUCAAUGAAGUGAAAACAAAUAGAAAUUUAAUUUAAAUUUAAAUUUAGACUCAUUCAACCAAAAGUGGCUACUUAGUAAUGUUUAACAAGAAUUAGGAAACACGCAAACUGAAUUGUUAUUAGUUUUAAAACAUGUAGUUUAGCCAUCGAAUGGACUUGAUGAUAUCACCACACUAUUUUUCCAAUUAUCAAACCUAAAAUGAGUUUUUAUUAAAGAUACUUUAAGUUGAUAUGUUUAUAAUUAAGUACUUUUUGUUGAAUUGUUCUGAGGAGGAUCGUAUGUAAGCUAGAGACAAAUGCUGUUAACAAAUGACCUGAGUUUAUUAAAUAUGAAUAAAAUAAAAAGCUGCACAAUGAUGACUUGAUUUGAAUA